AUGAUAGGGGUAGAAUCCCCAACUCAGGCUUUCGGCCAGGCCACCACCUACUCCACCUUCAGGAGCCACUCCGUGAAGAGGCUGUCUGCCGAGAUUCCUGUGGCCAGCAGACCCAUCACCACCAGAGGGCAGCCAAGCCCAGCCGGGGACCAGGAAGUCUGUUCCUCUGCAUUGGCUUUGGAAGGAAUAGUGGCAAAGUGGUACCCUAAAGGUCAGGUGGUGAAGGCCAGUGACUGGUGCAAGAGUUCUGGUCCAGAUGUAUUCAGUGUAGCUGAGCACUCCAUGACCAAUUGUUCCCUGGAGUCUGACCAGGCAUGGGUUUCUAUACCAGGCUGUAGAGAUGGAGUCAGAGAUGAAUCCUUCUACCUUAGGAGGUUCAGCAGCAUCCGCCAUUUUAUAUGCCACCUGGAGGUGGAGCUUCAUUUCAUGAGUUGUCAUGCGCCCACUGCUGCCAUGGAGUGGUCUCCCUGGCAAUCUGAGGUCCUUGCUGUUGGGAAAGGAAUGAAGGAUGGAUGCCUACAUGUUUUCAGUGUAAAUAUUGGGAAGUGCAUUCAGACUUCAAAUAUUCACUCUCAGUUUUGCUCCCUCACCCGGCUACCUAAGACAAAGGAGAUUGCAACAGCCAAGGUGCUCCCAAGAAGUCACCUUGGGACCUGCGCCACCCUCUUCAGGUUCAGGGGGUUCUUUGGCUGUGAAUGUGACCUCUAUGGGCAAAGGGUUUUUCAUAACAUGCUGAGUUUCAAGUUCGUGGCAGGCGCUGUCCAGGGUUGUAUGCAUCAUCUUUCUCCUACGGGUCACCGAGGCAGAGUGCUGCCCCUAGUUCUGAGUUCAGAAGACACCCUCUUGUUUUCUGCUGCUGCAGAUGGGGCCACUUGUGUGUGGAAGGGCCACCAGUCACCCAGCCAGUCAUAA